GGCUUCCGACCAGGAGCAAGGUCUAGACGGAUAUCAGUCAGCUUUUAGGGAUGGUGAGGACGCGAAAGCUUCCUUGCUGAUGGGGCCCCUGCUUUUCUGAAAGGCUGCACCCGCUAUUGAUAGAGAAAGGCACGCCGCUGUUGGAAGCCAGCUAGAGGGUUUUUACGCACGCUUUGGCGGGAGGUCUGGUGCACGCUUGUGGAGCUCCUUCCAAAGAAUGUUCAGAGCUAGAUGUUGUGCCAGAUUAUAUCGUUCAAUAAUAUCGCAAUGUGAGCGAGAAGUGCCUGCUUAACCUUGAACCUAGAGUGCACAUUGUUCUUGAGCCACUGCAUUUCUUUGCCGGGAGGAAUACAUUUGAAGGCAAAGGCAUAGAGCGAGGCAAUUGAGCAGUUUGUUACAGCUGCAUUGGAGAGUUUCAAAUUGUAGCAGUCUUGUUAGCAUGCUACUUCUGCAUAUUGGUUUCAAAGAAGGCUGGACGAUGUCAAGAAGCGUGAAGUUCAAGUGAGGUUUGGGAUGCAGAGGUGCUUCAGUGGAUCUUCAGCAAGGCCUCUCAGAGCAAGUACAGGUGGUAUGCAGCAGGCUCAGCUUGUGCAGGCCAGCAACCUUGAGCUGGACAGGAAGUUCUUCUCAUGGCCUAGCAUGCAUAGAACGAGGGGUCCGGCAGAAGAGUGUGCAGUUGGCAGCUCGAUCCUUGGAAUUGAAACAACAACCCCAUUGACCAACCCCACGAAGAAACAGCGGGUCAAUCAAGAGAUUGCCAAGCAAGACGGGCGGCAUGCAAGCAGCUCUGCGGCGAGGUUUCAUAGUCCAGACUGUCUCUUUUACAUGAAACGCGAGCAGGCUCGUCUGGCGAGACAAGCUGCAACCGAUGCACAAAAGCCUCUACCAAAUGAUCAUCCGGGAAGGCAAGCCGCUUCAGGAUCAGAGCAAGAAGAUUUCUACUAUAGAGAGCUUGAGGAGGAAAGCAAUGAUGUCUGCGGCUGCAAUGAGCCUGAGCCUGCAAAGUCAUUCUGGGCAAAAGGAUGGCAUCCCCGUGUGGAUAAUUCGGCGCUUGGCUUUGAAGAGAACAGCAAAGAGGGCUUGAAUGGCCUGCAAGAUGUGGUGUCCUACACGGCUGUAAGCUUCGCAGCGUACCGGGCCAUUGAGAGCGAGCGCCCCGAUGCGCUGUUUCAGGAUCCGCUCGCGGCAUACCUGGCAGGCGAUCGUGUCGUCAGCAGGCAGAAGGCGGAGGUGGCUAACAAGGACUACCCCGGGGCGCGGUUCGCUGUCAGGACAAAGUACUUUGACCUUGCCAUGAUGUCUGCGAUCGAGGAGAUGAAGGCGCAGAAUUCGCAAGCCAAAGUACAAGUUGUGCUGUUUGGGUGCGGAAUGGACGCGCGGAGCUGGCGUCUUCCAGCAACAUUGGAAACAGUGCCUCCAGCGGAUAAAGUUUUUGAGGGCGAUCGACCGGACGUCAUGGGCCUGAAGGAGCAGCUCUUAAGUAUCCGUGAGGAGGCGGGGGGGCUACCGCCUCUUACGCUAGCAAAGCAGAGGGUUGUUCUGGCGGUUGACUUCAAUACGGACACGUGGAAGGAGCUGAUCCUCCAGAAGGGGUUUCGGAAGUCCGAGCCAACCGUGUGGCUCUUCGAGGGGCUCAUCAUGUACCUCACGCCGGCAGGGGUCACUUCCCUCGUGGAAACAGUGGCGGAGUUUUCUGCCCCUGGUAGCGUCCUCCUAAUCGACGGGAUCAGCGCGUCGGCAGUCGACCGCGCCAAGUCGUCCCCUUCCCCCGUGCUCCGCUCUUGGACUUGGGGUUCCAACGACCCGGAGACCUUCUUCAACGCUCACGGAUGGCGGGUGACGACCGUGGAUGAUGUCACCGGUGGCAUGUUCGGGCGCGUGCUGCCCAGCUGGCCUGGGCGGGAGCGCAACCUGACGUGGUACAUGACUGCAAAGCGGGAGUAGGGGGUGGGGGUGCAAACUUGCGCCCAGGUUGUUAAUGUUUCGCACAUGUCAAAGACGAUAAGCCCUGCCCUGCGCUCUUUGGGCACACGGGCCUGAAUCGGUAUUUAUUGGUCAAGAUCAAGAGUAGAGGGUGUAGGGAUGCGCUGCGGCAAGGGAACGGCACAUGUCGUUGUGGCUCGAUAGGGUAGUGUAUUCUGACUGCUGCUGCCCGGCAAGCUAGCAAAAGUAAUAUAAGCAUGGUGACGAACAUUGAGAAGUAAGUAUUGGCGAGGGGACUGUCGCAGGGCCAGAACGUCUUCUUUUGCAAAACAAGGUUUCUGUAGGCAUAUGGGGUGUCCGAGGUCAGACAUCACAGUCGGGUUCAGUAGAUCCUGAAGGCCGGAAGAGUCGUGAGUCUAAGAUCCUCUAUUUCGACUCAAGGUAAUGGUGGUAUGGUGUAGCUGAGGCCAGCAUAGCAUUUUGAUCAGCGAUAGGCAGGGCUGCUUUUGUUUAAUCUUCUCACUUGACUCUAAUCUGCACCAGUUGCGACCGAACUCGAUUUUCGUAGCUCGGGUUAAACACUUCUCCAAAAUGAGACCUUCCGCUUUGUCGAGGGCCUUGCAUGGCUCGCAUGUGCUACUCAUGCAGAUCUAGACUGCAC